GACGUACAGCCCAGAUAAGACUUCUGGGGAACAAUAGGAGGAAUUGAAGAGGGGAGAUCCACCCUCACUGUACCCCACCCCCAGGGCUUUGGGGUCAGGGACUGGGGACCAGAGGGUGAUAGGGAGGGGUGCUAAGGAUUCUUGUGAAUGGAGGAGGGGAUGGGGCAAAUAAACAGGAUUCCACAGGGGUACAUGAGGUGGGCAGGUGACCCUUUUGUACUUGAUUUAAGCACAAAUGUGUUGUUGAGUGCCACCUUUAUAAAUAGCGCGGGAAUAUAAUGAGUAGUAUUUCAGUGUUUUUGGUUUCUGAGAAAUAAAAUCAAAAUCCCCUAUCAGUUCAGUAUUCCCCCUGAGCCCCUGAACUGGGAAUUUAGUCCCAGUCACUCCCAGUAGAGGUGUGGAGUGGCGGUUCUCUGUCCAUCCUUAUCCAAUACAUGCAGCUGCUUCCCACCUAGGUAGCUGGUGAAACCGCUGAUGCCAGUGGAGCCCCUUACACUUUCUGGGCACAAGCUGUGCCCCAUGAGGAUCUGGGUCUGGGGGGAGGAGGGGAGGUUGGAACCCCUCUGAACUCUCUCCUGUCCCGGGGAAUGCGGCAGCCCCAGGAAUGAUCAUUAACCCUAUAGGAGUCAGGGUCUGUCUCUGCCCAAGGUGCAGAAUCAGAAAGGAGAGAGGAAGUCAAAAGCCUUAGAAGUGGUAAGUAGUAGGUGUUGGGGCGCGCCUGUGGGUUGGCCUGUCUCUCUGGCUCCUACACCCUUCCAAAGUGCCCCCCUCCCCCCAGCCCCAGUAGCAGACUCCAAAGAGAGCAAUCUGGCCAAGGAUGUCUGAGGAAACGCCUAACUUAGAGACACCCCCUUCCCCAAGGUACAGCUAGCUGUCUCUUGACUGUAGAAGGUCCCCAAGAGAGGGCACCCUCCAGGACGGGAUUGGACUCUGCUUCACGGAGGCGGGACUCAGGGCCAGCCGGUUGGAGGGGUAUUUAAGACUGGGUGGAGUUGGAGGUGGCCGAGGGCAAAAUGAGUGGGCUACGGAGCACCAGGACCUGCCCAGGCCUGGGAGAGGCCUCUGACCUUAAGUACCCCCUGGGCUCCAAGUUCAGGGAACCUCUUACCCAGGCCCGGUUCCAGCAGCUCUUCGGGGACGCAGAGCAGGAUUCGGAGCUGCACGCAGAGCCUUGCUGGUCCCGGCUGCGCCGGCAGUGGAGGCGGCGGCGGGCCAGCGCCUGUUCCGGACCGGGGGCGUGGCGCCUGCUGCUGGCGCGGCUGCCCCCGCUGCGGUGGCUGCCCCACUACCGCUGGCGGGCUUGGCUGCUCGGGGAUGCGGUGGCCGGAGUGACCGUGGGCAUUGUGCACGUGCCCCAGGGCAUGGCUUUUGCCCUCCUGACCUCCGUGCCCCCAGUGUUCGGGCUCUACACUUCUUUCUUCCCCGUCCUCAUCUACACCUUGUUGGGUACUGGGAGACACCUGUCUACAGGAACUUUCGCUGUACUCAGUCUCAUGACAGGCUCUGCCGUGGAGCGGCUGGUGCCCGAACCUCUUGAGAGGAACCUGAGUGGAAUUGAGAGGGAACAGUUGGAUGCUCAGCGGGUUGGUGCGGCUGCCGCCAUGGCCUUCGGGAGCGGGGCACUAAUGCUGGGGAUGUUCGCGCUGCAGCUCGGCGUCCUGGCCACCUUUUUGUCGGAGCCUGUGGUCAAAGCGCUGACCAGCGGAGCUGCCCUGCACGUGCUCGUGUCCCAGCUGCCUAGCCUAUUGGGGUUGCCGCUCCCGCGUCAGAUCGGCUGCUUCGCUCUCUUCAAGACGCUGGCCGCUGUACUGACGGCGCUGCCCCGGAGCAGCCCGGCCGAACUGACCAUCUCCGCACUCAGUCUGGCGCUGCUCGUGCCAGUCAAGGAAUUGAACGUGAGAUUCCGGGACAGGCUACCCACCCCGAUCCCAGGGGAAAUCGUCAUGGUACUUCUGGCCUCCGUGCUCUGCUUCGCCUCUUCCCUGGACACAAGAUACAAUGUCCAGAUAGUGGGAUUGCUGCCUGGAGGAUUUCCCCAACCUCUCCUCCCCAGCCUGGCUGAGCUGCCCAGGAUUCUGGUUGACUCGCUUCCCAUGGCAAUGGUUACCUUUGCAGUGUCUGCCUCCCUGGCCUCCAUCUAUGCAGACAAGUACAGCUACACGAUUGACUCCAACCAGGAGCUCUUGGCCCAUGGUGUCUCCAACCUCAUCUCCUCCUUCUUCUCUUGCUUUCCCAACUCGGCCACCUUGGCCACGACCAGCCUACUAGUGGAUGCUGGUGGGAACACACAGCUGGCAGGCCUCUUCUCCUGCAUGGUUGUCCUGUCUGUGCUGCUGUGGCUGGGGCCCUUCUUCUAUUAUCUGCCCAAGGCUGUCUUGGCCUGCAUCAACAUCUCCAGCAUGCGCCAGAUGUUCUUCCAGAUGCGGGAACUCCCACAACUAUGGCGCAUCAGCCGCGUGGACUUUGCCGUAUGGAUGGUCACAUGGGUGGCUGUCGUGACCCUGAGUGUGGACCUGGGCCUGGCUGUAGGUGUGGUCUUCUCCAUGAUGACUGUGGUCUGCCGCACCCAGAGGAUACAGUGCCUGGCACUUGGACUGGCCGAGGGGACAGAGCUCUACAGGCCACUCAGAGAGAGCCACAAGCUCCUCCAGGUCCCAGGGCUCCUCGUCCUGAGCUAUCCGACACCGCUCUACUUUGGGACCCGUGGGCAGUUUCGCCGCAUCCUGGAGUGGCAUCUGAGGCUUGGAGAAGGCGGCCAGGAGGCUCCAAAGACAGAUGACCCACCUGAUGCAGUUGCUGAGCCUGUCAGAGUGGUGGUCCUAGACUGCAGUGGUGUUCCCUUUGCAGAUGCUGCAGGGGCUAGAGACGUGGUUCAGCUAGCCAGCCGGUGCCGAGAUGCUGGAAUCCACCUGCUUCUGGCUCAGUGUAAUGCUUCAGUGCUGGGGACACUGACCCAGGCAGGACUCCUGGACAGAGUGUCCCCAGAACAACUGUUUGUGAGUGUCCAGGAUGCAGCUGCAUAUGCCCUGGAGACACUGGAGCUCAGUGGUCCAAAGACUUGCACAGUGUGGGUCUGACCUGGUCGCUUGGAGUGGAAGGGCCCCAACAAUAUGUAUGUGAGGAGGGCCAUGGCCCCUGAGCCCCCUUACUUAGUUUCCUAAUAAAGUGAAGCUGAAAAAAAUGAA